UAUCAGUUCGUUGAAUGUGCUCAUUUCGUUGUGUAGGAAUGUCAUUUUUUCUCUUUCCUGAUACGUACCUUGUCGCUUAUUUUUAAUUUCAUGUUUCGGAAUGGGAUUUUCAGAUUUUCUUAGUGUACUAGAUGAAUCUUAAAGGUAAUAUAUUUUAGAUAUUGAUAGACCCAGGUAUGCAGCGCGUUGGCAAUCUUCGAUUUACAGACGUAAAGUGAAUGAUAUCAUAUUAGCACCCAUCACACCAAAUACCUCCAGAUGCAUACAACACGGAUUGAUGCAAACCCAAUCGAAGCAUUGGUCACUUAUAGAACUAAACUAUAUGUUGAAAGACAUUUUAGGAAUUUCCAUCAUGAAAUAAGAAAAAGUGUGCAGAGUGAAAGAAAUGCUGCGGUAAAAUGUGACGAAUGCACUUGGAAUGACCUUUUGGACAGUUCGUUUACUUGUCCCCGUCUGAUAUGCGACAAAAUAAGGGACCUCAUCAAGUUGAGCCAUAUAAAUACCAAUCCUUCAUGGUCAAAUACCAGACCGGAAGAUUGGUGUAAUGGUUAUUGGGAGAUAGCGAAGUGUUUUCUGCCCGAAUCCGAUACCAAUGCUCAGACGACAAGCGCAGAUGAUCUGGAGUUAUUGGAUCUGGUUGAAAGUGUUUGCAAUUGCAAGUUUUCCGAUAUUUCGAUAGGAAAGUCUAGAGCCAAUGAAAGAGCGACGAUUCAGUUGCGAGAUAUUCUUAUUCGAAAAAAGAAAGAAAAUAUGUUUCUCGAUUCGGAGAAAAAUUGUCUGCAGUAUCAGAAAGCACUCGAAGAAUUCUUGUCUGCUAUAACGCCACUAGAACAACAACACAGUCUGCCUGAGCUGAUACAAUUCACAAAACGAUAUCCACAAUUGAGUCGGUCACUUUCUACAAAAUCAAGUGAUAUUUUGAAAAGCUACUUGGAUGAAAAAACAUACACUUCAAAAGAAUGUGUUCUGCCGAAACCCAUUCAUAUACGACAAAACUCCGAUGAAGAUGCGCCUAUUGCAUCGACGUCCAUUGAAUUACCAAGGACAAGCAUUUCGUUACCCGCGGUUCAACAAUUAGAUAUAACGGAUGGAGGUCGUCGUCAGAAACGGCAUCAACAAGUCGCUAUUCCUACCAACAAACACAGGGAAAAUCAAAGGCAAGAAUGGCUUGAUAUUCUUUAUGAAGGAAAUCGUAACGCUUUUCAAAAAGAAUGCAGCCAUAUUUGUCAAGAAAUAAAAUCGAAAAGUCAGAACAUACUCGAUGUUUACGCAGCAAUUUUUGACCGUCCAGACAAACCAAGACAAACAGCAUUUAUUGCCACUGUCAGUAAGGAUCAAGAAAAUGAUAUUACUUAUUCUAAUCACAACAUCGUAACGAAGGUUAUGAACCGAUAUGAAGCUGAAGGAAAGAUAGUAGCGUACUCAGAUAUCACAAGAGGAAACCGUCUAUCUCCCGGUGAUCAGUCUAAAUUGAAACAACAUAUAUCCGAACUGUCACCACUGCUUAUGCAGAAGCAUAAAUACCUAAACAUGAUAACUGCAAGUGGUGUUAGAUCCAGGGGUUUUGGAAAAGCUCACGCGAUUGAACCAGAGAUUUGCAUUGUUUUGUAUGUUCACACAAAAGGAUAUAUUCCAAUAGACGAGGAGGCAUUUGAAAAAAGUUAUCAUGACAUACCUGUCGAUGUUAGAGAAGGAGGAUUUUGGGGCUUUAAUGAAACCGUUCGUAUUGGCGAUGGCAUCUUCCGUGAUGGCGUCGGUUUGGUAGGAAGUUUGGGCGGAUUUUUUGAACAUCCUUCGCUUGGGCUUUGUGGAAUAACUUCAGCACACGCUGUACUUAAGCCAGAGGAACUAAAACAGUGCAUGGAAGAUGGACGACUUCCUGCAAACAAAGUGGAUGAAACAUAUCAAAUUAAAACAUGCAACGAUCAUUCAGAUAUUGGUCGUCUUGUUAUGGCAUUUUAUUCCGAAGGAAAUGACCAAGAGGCAGGUGCAGAAAUUGCCGUUUUUGUCAUCGAUAGUAGUUUGUCAUCCGAUCAGGUGUCUGUGUCCUUUGACGGAAAUAAUCGCCAAGGUCAACCAGCUACAUUUUCAUUUGAAACAGGAAAAUCACUAGGAAGUGCAUACUUUUACCCAGACUAUCAUUGUUGUAAAUAUGGAAGCGCGACAUCCUUUACUUCUGGUGAAAUCAGUAGUGACUUUGAUAACGAUGGCCUUCUAAGCAUUAAGGAAAUGAAAUUUGACGAGUUAAAACCUCUCGUUUUACAUAAACAGUACGAAAUCAAAGCUUUGUCGAUGGACAAGUCUUUUGCAGAUUUCGGUGAUUCUGGAGCUUUUGUUUAUUGUUGGCGUUCGACGGACGAUUUGGUAUGCGUUGGAAUGAUAGUUGGUGGUACAUCAUAUGACACAACUGUUAUCACUCCUAUAAACUCAAUUUUGAAAACGCUUGGCGUUCCAAAAUUAAAGAAUUUCAGGAAAAUAAAAAGCGAGCAGUUGCUUAAACAAUUAGAUGCUAAAGUUGACCAACUUGAGUCGAAGUUUGACAAUAUGCAGUCUGGUAUAAAUGAGAUUUUGCAUUAUUUAAAUCCAAGGUCCACGAGUGGACAAACUGACUGUUGAAAAAACAACAACAACACAACUUGACGCUUUAAGCGAAGCAAACACAUAACGCUAUAUUUUGGGUGUUCUGAAACACAAUGCAGUUCCUGUCUUAUUAUACAUGUAUGCCUUCCAAUUUUAUCUGAAACUAGGCCAUUGACAUUGCAAGGCCAAGUGUUAUGUAGACGGCUUAUUUAUGUAUUAUGCACUUGCUUUGUAUUGAGAAUGAUGUUUAUUACAAAUUAUAAAUUUGGAACAUUG